AAUCGAGUUAACCUCAUUGUUUGAACGCAAAACACAAACAAAAGUUGAUAUGUAAUUGUCAGGCUUGUCAGUUUGGAUGAAGGUACAGCAAAAUUAAUUCCCAGCAGAGCGUAAAAGCAAAGCUGUCGGAAAAGUGCAAAAAUUCCAAGUCGAAGAUGUCACAAAAGUUUACGAACGCCAUGAACACCGCCGAGCCAUAUCACGAGUCGUUCACGCGGCGAAAUACGACUUCGAAAUCGAAGGUGAUGCGGGACACCUCAAGCAGGGUACUAAGAAUGCGUGAUCCGGGCUCCAAAGGCGACUCUCAUGUGAGGAAAGAGGUUUAUGCAACUAUAGAUUCUCCAGAAUUUUCAAUCAGGACAAAACCUAAAAGUGGUCAAUUAAAUACUGAACUAGCACAGGGAGAGACUUGGGGAGGCAUCUUAAGAGCCCAAUCAAGCAAUGAGAACAUGUCAGGUUUUAGUAAGUUUGAUCCGCUGAGAACUAUUCAUUUUCUUGGAAAAGAGUUAAAGUCUCAGUUAAAAGAUGCUGUACCAUAUAAUUCAACUAUUCUUGAUGUGAUAUGUGAGAUGGAAAGUGCUUUAAAGAGAAUUCCACAUGAUAUUCAGCUUAUUGCUGAUACAGCUGUGAAAAAACAGGAGGGAAGACAAUCAAGACAGUCUCAUAAAGAGAAAAUUAAAACGAAAUCAGAAGCUUGUCAAACACCAAGCAUGUGGUAUUUGGAACCAGUCAGAUUACAACAACACCUUGAGGAGAGCUCGGAAAAAAUCGAAAAAGCAUGCCAACAAAUGGAGAUACUCUGCUCUAAGCUUAAAACAGAAAAAGAGAACGUAGAAGUGCAAUUGAAGAUUGAACAAGAGAGCACUAAAGUUUUGAAGCACCAAGUCGAAGAGUACAAAGUUAAGUUGCAGGGAGUGAGCAGCCUAGCCGAAUCGUUAAAGAGCCAAAACAGCACGCUGAAGGCCGACGUGGAGCGGCAGCGCUUGCAGCUUGCAUCAGUCACCAACGAAACCCCCGCGAUGGGCGAAUUGAAAUUGUUUAUUCAGGACCUAGAGCGCGCCAAGGCGGACACCGAUUCUGAGAACGCCCGUUUACAGCGUGAGGUACGACUCGCCCAGAUCGAGAAUGAGAAGUAUGAGGCGAUCCUGCAGGCGCGCGACACGCAAGUCAAAGAAAUCCGCUACGAGAUGACCCAGUUGCAGGAAGUUGUCCACGAGCAGCUGCUUGAUUUUCAAAAUGUGAGCACGUCUGAUGAGGCGACCGUCUCACAUUCCCUUACAAAUAUCCAAGAAGAAGUUAAUAGCGGUACAUUUGUGUCGCCUAACAACGAACCGAUAAAGAAAUUGUUUAACAAUCGACGCGGCCGUAAUCAAUACGACGACGGUGAUGCACAUUCGGCUGGUGCGACUUCACCGGAUCACCUGGCUGAGAUGCAAGAUCUACACCUCGACGUCGACAGUUUCAAGCUGCGACAUGUGUAUAAAAUCCCCAUUCCCGGCGUGGCUCAGACGAGCAAGUGUCUCGAUUUACCAACGAAAAAUCCAGCGAAUAUUAAACGGCAAACAAUUGAAAAUGCUGGAUUAUGAUUAUUCAAUUUUAAUUAUACAUUAACUGACAAUCGUUUUUGCAA